AUGGCGGCGGCGACAAAUAAUUUACUGAACGUGGAGGAGUCGCCGUCGUGGGGUUCGCGAAGCGUGGAAUGCUUCGAGAAACUAGAGCAGAUUGGUGAAGGAACCUAUGGUCAAGUUUACAUGGCCAGAGAAAAGGAAACUGGAGAAAUUGUUGCUUUAAAAAAGAUACGCAUGGAUAAUGAAAAGGAAGGGUUCCCUAUAACUGCAAUCCGAGAAAUUAAAAUUCUAAAGAAGCUGCAGCAUGAGAAUGUUAUAAAGUUGAAAGAGAUAGUGACAUCUCCAGGACCUGAAGCAGAGGAUCAAGGAAAGCCAGAUGGUAACAAGUACAAGGGUAGCAUUUACAUGGUUUUUGAGUAUAUGGACCAUGAUUUGACUGGCCUCGCUGAUCGUCCUGGAUUAAGAUUUACGAUUCCACAGAUUAAAUGUUAUAUGAAGCAACUGCUUACUGGUCUUCAUUACUGUCACGUCAAUCAAGUGCUUCACAGGGACAUCAAAGGCUCCAAUCUUCUCAUAGACAACGAAGGAAAUCUGAAGCUUGCAGAUUUUGGGCUAGCACGAUCAUUUUCGAGUGACCACAAUGCUAAUCUUACUAAUCGUGUCAUUACUUUGUGGUACAGGCCUCCAGAGUUGCUUCUUGGAGCUACGAAAUAUGGUCCAGCUGUUGACAUGUGGUCUGUUGGUUGCAUCUUCGCUGAACUUUUGAAUGGGAAACCAAUCUUACCUGGAAAAAAUGAGCCCGAACAAUUGAAUAGGAUAUUUGAGCUUUGUGGAACUCCUGAUGAGAUUAAUUGGCCUGGUGUUUCCAAGAUCCCCUGGUAUAACAAAUUCAAGCCAGCACGACCUUUGAAGAGACGAGUCCGUGAAGUCUUUAGACAUUUUGACCGCAAUGCUCUGGAAUUAUUAGAGAAAAUGCUGGCCCUCGAUCCAUCUCAGAGAAUAUCUGCGAAGGAUGCUCUAGAUGCUGAAUAUUUCUGGACUGAUCCCUUGCCUUGCGAUCCGAAAAGUUUGCCUAAGUAUGAAUCCUCGCACGAGUUUCAAACAAAGAAGAAAAGACAGCAACAGCGGCAAAAUGAAGAAAUGGCGAAAAGACAGAAGUUGCAGCAUCCACAGCAGCAUUCUCGCUUGCCUCCUAUCCAACAAUCUGGGCAACCUCAUCCGCAACAUUGGACGGGACCUAAUCAUCCAGUGAACAACUUGCAGCCUUCACUGCCUACGGGUCCUAGUCAUCAUCAGUAUGGAAAGCCUCAUGGUCCACCUGGAGGGCCUAAUAGAUACCCUCCAAGUGGGAACCCGGGUGGGUAUUAUCAAGAUCGCGGAGGUCAAACUGGGGGUUAUAAUAGUGGACAGUAUCCACCUCAAGGUCGGGGAGCACCGUAUCCGGGUGCUUCAAAUGGUCCUCGAGGAGCUUCUGGUGGAUAUGGAGCUCCGAAUUAUCCCCCGAGUGGUCAAUAUGGAGCUGGUGGCCGAGGCCCGAAUCCUGUGGGCAGUAACCGGAACCAGCAGUAUGGAUGGCCACAACAGUAA